AUGUUCGCCGCUCGCCGUUUUGCAACCGCUCUUCCCCGCGUCAGGCCCCAGGCCGCUCUCUUCCACAGCACCGCGCCCGCCUUCGUCCAGAAAGGCGACGCCAUUCCCAACCUGGAUGUGCUUGUCGAGGACUCUCCGGGCAACAAGGUCAAUCUGGCCAAGGAGAUCAAGGGCAAGGGCGUGAUUAUCGGCACCCCGGCUGCAUUCAGCCCCGCGUGCUCCAGCACCCAUGUCCCCGGCUUCAUCAACCACCCCAAGCUCAAGGAGGCCGGUCAGGUGUUUGUGAUCUCGGUCAAUGACCCCUUCGUGACCAAGGCCUGGGGUGUUUCUCUGGACCCGACGGGCAAGAGCGGUGUCCGCUUCCUGGGUGACCCGACUGGCAAGUUCACUGAGGCUCUGGACCUCAGCUUUGACAGCACCUCGAUCUUCGGCAACCACCGCAGCAAGCGCUACGCCCUGCUUGUGGAGGAUGGCAAGGUCAAGGACGCUUUCGUCGAGCCCGACAACGCUGGUCUCAAUGUUUCGACCGCCGAGAAGGUGCUCGGUUAA